UUCACACCGUUGUUAGUCAACACUUUUUUCAGUUUGGAUUGGUUUUGUGUUUUCAGCAAGGUAUCAAAUAAUUUUAUUCGAAUUUGUUAAAAUACUGUACGGAAGUAGCAGCAAUGUCCAAAGCGAUCGAAGCUCAACUGGAAGUGAAGGCAAAAUGUGAUCAGGCACAGGAAGCGCUGAGAGGACUGUACGAAUGGGAACACGAAAUGAAGCAAAAGGAAUACCAGUCCACCCAUUCAAAUCAGGAAAAACUUAGACCACCUGUUAGGAGCCUCGUUGCAGAAAUGACAAAAUAUUCUGAAGAACAGCAUAGCAUUGAAAAGCAGAGAAGCAUCACUAAUUCGGAGAUGUUGGAAUAUCUGGAGGAGGCGGAAAAGUAUAAUAAAAUAGGUAAUGAGUUAUGUAAACGUGCAAAGCCAGGAGAAUAUAAGGAAAAUAACGAUCAGACAGCAAUUGAAAUGUACACAUCGUCAAUUGAACUUAAUGAUCGAAAUCCUACACCUUAUGUUAAACGUGCACUCUGUUACUUUAAUCUGGGUCGCUAUGAAGAGUGCAUUACUGACUGCGAGUCCGCAAUUGCAUUAGACAAAACCAAUGUUGAAGCUUACUACCGUCGUAUGCAGGCAUAUGAGUACUUGGGCAAGAAUCGAUUAGCAGUUUUAGAUUGUCAGGAAAUAUUAAAAAUUUCAAAAGACGCAAAAGAACUGUCGAAAGUUAAAAAUGACAUGGAGAGAAUUAAAAAAAGAAUACGACAUGAAGCUGAUAAGUUUAAGCAACAAGGAAAUGAUCAUCUGAGCAAAAAAAAUUACGAAAAAGCUAUAGAGUGUUUUUCGGCAGCUAUCGAGUUGUAUGGAAGUGAUGAAGUAUACCAUCACAACCGUGGUCUAUGCUAUUUCAACUUGAAACACUAUGAUAAAAGCCUGGAAGAUUUCAACAAAGCGAUAGAGACAAAUAAAGAAUACUUUCGCCCGUACUACCAAAGAAUGAGACUGCGAGAAAUACGUGGGGAGUACCUAUCAGCAAUAGAUGACUGCAAGAGGUUUCUUGAGUUGGUUCCGGAUGAUAGGCAGCGUGUAACGGCUGGAAAAGACUUGGAGCGUUUACAAUUCCGAUUGGAAUGCAAAACGGAACCAGUUUCAUAUAACUGGAAUCAGCUUAACAAGAGUUCCUCUAUAAUAAAUUUCAUCCAAAAACCACCACACCAACGCUCAAAGAAACCAUUGAAACGGAUUUUUAUCUCUGAAGAGAACACUCCUGAUUCCAAAUCAAAUCCAUCUAACUAUAUUGUGGCGUCCGACUAUGAUACCAUUCCGGAUGCUGUGAUUGAUAAAAUGUUCAACAAUAACACCGGGGAGCGUCUCGAGGAACCGAUAGAAGAUACGAAUCUUUGCAGUUUCUUCUCUUCGUCAUCGAAUAAAUUGAAAAAAUAUUUUUCGCCGCCAAUCACUCCGUCUAGUCCACCGAGCGAUAUGUUGCGAGGUCACCUGGCAACCUCCAAUGUUAUUCCUCUCGGUUACAGUAGUUCUUCAGCAAGCGUGACGGAAGCAGAAAAAGAUUCGACAGGUAUGAAGCCGGAAACAUUCGAAGAAACACUGCACCCCACGAAAGAGGAAAAGGACAUGAUCAAUCAAGAAAACCAGUGCCAACCCGAGACGGAAAUAAACUCUUACAAAGUAAAAACCAUCAUCAAAUAUGGAGAAGAUAAUUCCAUUCCAGUCCUUCCAUCGUCGUCGGUGCACUUCUACAACACUUGGAAUAAUUUAAAAACUACAAAUGAAAAAUACAAAUAUUUGAAGAGUCUUCAAGAUGUUCCAUUGGACAAGUUGCUCGGAGCGGAAUUGUCCCCCGAAAUGCUUACCGAAGUUCUCUAUGUGCUAGAGCGGUUCUGUACUGAAGAGAAUUACUCCCCACUGCGAAUUCUUGCAAAAGUUACGAAACACCGCGGAAUUGAUCUUCUUGUGAUGAUGCUUACCGACAAGGACAGAUGCUGUCUGAGACAGCUGGUGCAUCUCAUGGAUACUCUGGAAGAAGAUAGCAGCGCAUUAAGAGAAGUGAAGAAGAUCUUGAACUGUUGGGGUUUUUCUGUGUGAUUGCGUAAGUUAGAUAUUUCAGCUCUAUUUCUUUUCAUUGAAUUGUAUCAGAAAUAGGUGUAAUUGCGGCUGAGUAUGCAUCAAAUCGAAUAAAAUGCGUUGAAUUAGA